AUGGCGACGCCCAGCCCAAUCGAGCGCGUCAAUCGCGUCGUCACAGGCGCUGUCACUGUCCCCAUCAAUCUCCUCCGCCUUGCGGCCACUGAACCGCUUGUCACAGGGUCUCUCCUUGUUACCCUCACUCGCGCACCUACUCAGUACCAAACACGUCUGUUCAAGGUUCUUGGUGACAUUGGCUUGUCACGCAAACACAUUGCAACGCUCAUCAAGGCCCUCAAAUACCUCUUCGCCAUCAGCGCGGUCGGAAGACUCAAUCGGACUCUCACCAAACUGGCACUUAAUCAUUGGCAUCUCAGGAAACCGGGAGCGCCGUUUCACUUCGGAGAUGCGAAGAAAUCAGAACUGGUCGUCGUGACAGGUGGAUGCAGCGGAUUUGGGUAUGAAAUGGUCAAAGGCUUCUCGAAAUAUGCCAGAGUGAUUAUUCUGGAUAUCAGCCCAGUGCCUGCUGAGCUUGAGAAGAUUCCCGGUGUCCACUACUACCAGGUCGACCUUACCGACUUCUCUGCAAUUGAGUCGACUGCCGAAGAAAUCCGCCAGCAACAUGGCAAUCCUACUGUGUUGGUGAACAAUGCUGGCAUCGCAACCGGUACCACCAUCAUCAACAGCUCCGCGAAACUGACCGACAGAAUCUUCAAAGUCAAUCUUGCAUCUCACUUCAUUUUGAUCAAAGAGUUCCUCCCUGGCAUGCUCAAAGCGAGAAAAGGACACAUCGUCACCAUUGCCUCGAUGGCGAGUUUCUUCUCAAAUCCCGGUCUCGUUGACUAUAGCUGCACAAAGGUCGGAGCACUCUAUCUCCACGAAGGCCUCCGCGCCGAACUCCGCGGUCACCACGAAAACGGCGACUGCAUCCAAACCACCUGUGUUCACCCAUCCUGGCACGCCACCGGUAUUGUGAAACCGUUCGAAGACAAACUGGCCAAAUUCAACAUUGUCUGCGAUCCCGCGUCGAACGUAAGCGACGCUGUUGUCGAGCAAGUUCUCGCAGGGCGAAGCGGUCAGAUCUUCGUCCCCAGAAGUGAAGCAGGGAAGACGCAUUUGCGCAACUGGCCAUUAUGGAUGCAAGAUAUAAUGCUCUAUAUGUAUAGGAAAAAGAGUGUCUUGUUGGAGAAUUGA